UGCACUUGUUCAACAAUCCACCGUUCAUCUGGCGAAUGGAAGCUGAUGAGUGCUGUCGUCUCUCAUCCGUGAGUGGAGACCACGGAUUCAUAUCACGGUCGCCCCCAGAGAAAAAGGACUCGGAAGAAAGAUAUUGAGGCAAAUUUCCACCCAAGCCACAGGCCAGAGACCUUAAGUACCUGGACUCUUCCUAGAACAUCGCUCUAGUCUACUUUAUCCAUACACAAUACGCAACACUUGAACUCCUUUCGUGAAGUUGAUUCGGCAGUUAUCAUGUCUUUCUAUAGAGCUCCACCAAGCGGCGUCUGGGCACCAGCAAUUACCUUUUUCGACCAUGACACAGAUACACUCGACACAGACUCUCAAGCAAAAUAUUACUCUUAUCUAUCCAAAACAGGUCUCGCAGGCCUUGUCGUGCUAGGAACAAAUGCCGAGACCUUUCUCUUAACGCGCGAAGAGCGCAAGGCACUAUUACAGACAGCACGUCAAGCAUGCGGGCCAUCGUUUCCUAUCAUGGCUGGCGUUGGUGGACACUCAACGAAGCAAGUGUUGGAGUUCAUCAACGACGCAGCUGAUGCCGGAGCCAACUACGUCUUGCUCCUCCCUCCUGCUUAUUUUGGGAAGCAGACAACACCAGAGGUCAUCAACAACUUCUUUGACGACGUUGCAAAGAACAGUCAACUACCUAUCGUCAUUUACAAUUUCCCGGUUGUCUGCAAUGGCAUCGACCUGGAUUCCGCCACCAUUGCCGCUUUGGCAAAGAAACACAGCAACAUCGUUGGUGUUAAGCUGACUUGCGGAGCUGUUGCCAAGAUAACACGACUUUCUGCAGAGCUUCCCGAGGAGCGGUUCGCUAUCUAUGGUGGGCAGUCAGACUUCUUAAUAGGAGGCCUGGCUGCUGGCUCCCACGGUACAAUUGCUGGUUUCGCCAACGUUGUCCCCAAGACCAUCGUGCAUAUCUAUAACCUCUACCAAGAGGGCAAGUUUCAGGAAGCCAUGGCUCUGCACAAGAAGGCGGCACUGGCUGAGCAACCUUGCAAGGCUGGAAUUGCAUCAGUCAAGUAUGCAGCAACUCUGAGCACAGCCAAGGCCGCCGGAAUCAAGGGCGCUGCAGAUAAGCUGAAGCCCCGAAGGCCAUACGUGGAACCUACGGAUUCUGCGAAGAAGAGUAUUGAGUCGCAGAUUUCUGACAUGUUGGACUUUGAAGCCACGCUCAAGUUACCAGCUGAGAAGGGCAAGUCAAACGGCGUAACGAAUGGUGUAUCGAAUGGGAUCAUGAAUGGAACAUCAAACGGGGUGGUGGUGCAUUAAAGGUACUAUAUAUGGGACCAAUAGUAUAUAUACUCUGCAGUAAAACAUUGAGUUAAUAAAGUCGGUAACAUUUAAGCA